CCACACACGAUAAUCAGUCGCAUUUCUACCCUCAGAGAAGUCCGGGCUGUUGAACUGAAAACAUUAUUUCCAACCAAACUCCGUUUAGUUGACGUUUUUCGCAUAUUUUCGUGAUUCAAAUUUUUCCGGAAUUAAUAUCGUCGAGACAAACUUGAAAGAUGAAGUCCCGAUUAAUUCUCGCUCUUAGUCUCAUGACAAUUUUAACUUUCGUACAAGCUCAAGACAUCAGCGCUUUGCUAGCGGACCAACGUGUAGUUCAUCGAGGAAUCCUUUGCCUUCUGGAUUCGGGACCCUGCGACGCUAUUGGAAAACAAAUCAAAGGUUUACUCCCGGAAGCUAUCAACAAUGACUGCCAACGCUGCAAUCCCCGACAGAGAAUGAACGCUCGGAAAUUGACACAAUUUAUGCGCACCAAUUAUGCGAACGCAUGGAACUCGAUUGUUCAACGUUACUCUAAGAAAAAUUAAGCUCCCUCGAGACUUUACAACGCAAUGCCGGACAUUUUUUCAUCGUCCCAACAAUAUUAAAUGGCGAAUUUUUAUCGCUUUCGUUUGACUAAAUUUCGAUGUGCUUGCACGUGAUAUUUAAGAAAAAAAACUCUUUCUAUGUCGAGCGACUCCGACGAGAACAAGACUAUUGACUGUUUCCAAAAUAUUUCUGCCAUGAAAUAAAACUUUAUCAUA